AUGUCCGGUAUACUGACGUCGAACCUGAGCCGGACCUCGGGCCAUCGAAAGCGUCGAUAUUCUGCCCGACCUUUCUACUUGACUAUCCUCAUAUUCACAGUCCUUACCACGGCCAGCUGGAUCUGGGGCGACGUGGGGGUUAGGUCUGGUAUUUCCCUCCCUUACCAAGUUCAGCGACAGACAGGGCCCGGUGCUCAUCUACUGCAACGGAACGGCGCACCAGAGUGUCGCCUGGUUCGAAACGCGAAAGACCAAUGUUCCUUUAUUCAUAACAACUGCCCCGACCACGAAGAUGGCUUGUUAUCCUACCUCCAGCUCUAUUAUUGCACCCUCGCCGAUGCCAAACCCCUUGCGUUCAUAAUAAUCAUUCUCUGGUUAUCUUUGCUCUUCAGUACCAUCGGAAUUGCUGCUAGUGACUUUUUGUGCAUCAACUUGAGCACUUUGGCCAGCGUUCUAGGAUUGAGUGAGAGCUUGACCGGCGUCACUUUCCUUGCGUUCGGAAAUGGCAGCCCUGAUGUCUUCUCAACAUUUGCCGCCAUGCGGUCCAACAGUGGCAGUCUGGCAAUUGGUGAGCUGAUAGGGGCUGCAAGCUUUAUAACCUCAGUGGUCGCAGGCUCUAUGGCACUUGUCCGACCUUUCCGGGUAGCUCGGAGAAGCUUCGUUCGCGACGUGGGUUAUUUCAUCGUUGCCGUAAGCUUCAGCAUGGUAAUGUUAGCGGAUGGCCGCCUUCAUGUCUGGGAAUCUGCCGCCAUGGUUGGUCUGUAUGGCUUCUAUGUUUUAAUGGUUGUGAGCUGGCACUGGCAUCUCGUGCGACAACGCCGAGCAUACGAAAGAAAUCUCGCAGCACGAUCCCAUUUUCAUAUCCCGGACAACCAAGAGCUGGAUAUUGAGGAGGCUGAAGAUGAUGAUCCGGGAGUGGCUACAGAGUCCAGGAGUCUUCUUCGUGCGUCAACGGAAGAUUUCGAAAACUUGGAGAGGUCCGAUGCGCCAGCUUGGAAAGAAGGGGAGGAGGAUGAGGAGACUCGCAAUCGGUAUCUGGCCGAGAUACGAGAUAAUAUGCAUGUAUACCGUCCAUCUAGGAGACGGAACACGUUGAACCCCAUUAGACCAAGCUUGGUCGGUGCGUUGGAGUUCCAGUCUGUUCUAUCUUCGCUCCAGAAAGCGAGGAACAUCCAUCAAGAUCUUGAAAUCAAUUUGAACAGAUACUCGGAUGACCCCAGCGCGCCAACAUCGCGCCAACGGGACAAUCGUUCUAUUGCAUCCCACCCGCGAACUGGGAGGACUGUCGACGACUCUUUAUCCCCUCACUUGGGGACUGGGGCCUCCCGAGUCCGAGCUGUCUCCGCCAACGACGCUAUGGGACUCAGACUGGAUACCAGCAUGUUCAACCACCAAGCGCCCCAACGGCCUGUCCUGACUAUUAGUCGACCUUCUGGAGAGCCUGAAAAUGAGGCUUCGACACCGCCCCAAAUCUCUCGAAUCGAACCAGACGCAAUGUUGACGGUGUCUCCAUCGUCAAUAGGGUUUCCUUCGCGAAGUCCAAGCCCAGGAACACCACGUCUUCAGUCUUCCGAUUUUCUUGCGCCUCCAGAUACUUUCCUGUCUCCCAACUACCAGGCAGAGACAUCCCACCCACGUUCUCCGCUCCAGGUAUCCCCACGUGGUACGGCCCCGAGCUUUUCCGAUGCUGCAUUAGAGAGUCCAUUAAGCCCAUUUCCUCCAUUUCCGGAUGUGCCCAGCCCUGGGUCUUCCAGGCCACCAAGUAUCCGUAUAACUAGAUCUUCUAGCAUUACGGACUUACUGCAGCUCCAUGAUAGUGUUUCUGAUGGGGAUAACCGGCCCUCAGCGCCAGUUAAGUGGUGGCCGUAUUGGCUGCUUCCUACCCCCGAAUCACUUAUCUCAACUCUUUUCCCAACUUUAGUUGGUUGGAAGACGAAGAGCAUAUGGGCACGACUACUAGCUGUCAUAGCAGCUCCCAGCGUGUUGCUGCUGACUAUAACUCUUCCUGUCGUUGAACCAGCACAAGCUGAAUCUGUCCCCAAUCCUGUCCCGGUUGUGAUAGCCUCUGUGGAAGACGGAGGGAGCUCGGUCACUCCGCGUGUGAGGCUGCCAGAGGACAGUCCACUUAUACGAGCUCUUGAACCGGAGUCCGUCCCGGAAGAAAGAACGCUAGACGCGAACAACAAGGAUCACUUCCAACCUAUAAAAGGGAGACAGCGCUUCGACUCUGAGUUGCCUCCCAUUCAACCACCUCCAGCUGCAACCCCAUCAAAGGAAUGGUGUCGAUGGCUUGUGUCAUUGCAGCUUGUCACAGGGCCUUUCUUCGUUGCUUUGAUUGCAUGGACAACCAUAGACCCAGACCUAAACGCUCGAAAUCUCAUACUGCCGACACUAUGCUGUCUCCUCUUCUCAAUACUGUGCUUUGGCUGUCUCAUGGUAAGCACACGGAACAGGCAUGGCUCGCAACUUCCCGAUCUCUGGCGACCUUUUCUUGCCCUGCUUGGUUUUAUGGUCGCGAUUGCUUGGAUCGCAACCAUUGCCACCGAGGUCGUGAAUCUUCUGAAGACCUUGGGAGUCAUCUUGAACAUUAGCGAUUCCCUCCUUGGACUCACUGUGUUUGCUGUCGGGAACUCGCUAGGCGAUCUCGUCGCAGACAUAACUGUGGCCCGUCUAGGCUACCCUGUCAUGGCCUUGAGUGCCUGUUUUGGAGGACCCAUGCUGAAUAUUCUACUUGGAAUCGGCUUAGGCGGUCUAUACAUGACUAUGAAUACAACAUCUCAUGGGUCAACAGGCUUGUAUGAAAUUGCCAUCUCCAAGGUCCUUGUCAUCAGUGGCGCCACAUUAUUAAUUACCUUGGUUGGGUUGUUAAUUGUCAUUCCACUCAAUAAAUGGAGGAUGGAUCGGAAAAUUGGCUGGGGACUGGUUAUCCUCUGGGCCAUCAGCACCGUGGGUAAUGUCAUUGCUGAGCUUACCACCUAA